CCCACUGAAUCUGAGCCCAGGAGGCCACUCCCACAGACCUGCCCUCCCUGCAUUCAGCAGCCGCACUCCAUCUGCCCCACUGCUGCUAGGAUCCCCCUUCCCCAAAGCGCUUGCCCCAUCCCGAGAACGCCGCCCUAGCUCCCGGAGCCGUCACCUGCGCUGACCACGAGACGUCCCGGAGACAGAAAUCGGGGGCAGCCAGCGCAAUAAGGACGUCAAUUCAGCGGCUGUGGGGCAGAGAGUCCUCUCCAGACACCGGUCUGCUCUGGGGGCAAGGCCUGCACCGCCAGUGACUCGUGGUGGGGGCGGGUGGGAAUAUCUCGCCGGUGGGGUGGAUUCCCAGAGCCGUUUCCCUGGGAUCCUGGCAAUGAGGGUUUCCCAGCCUUUCCCAAACAGUGGCAGCGCUGACUGGAUUGGAGGGCAGCGUUCAUGGCUUCGGAGUUGUUUGUGGGGUUGCAUUCUUGGUUUCCUCUGCCCAGGGCUGUGCACGGCCUCUGACCGGGCUGCAGGGCAGAUAUCAGCAGGUUCCUCAGCUUCCCCAGAGCAAGGAGCGGCACCCCCGGGGGCAAACGGUGUCGGAACGCAGGGCCGCGCAGCGGGUGGGGACAGCGGUGGAGUGGGGGGUAGCGUGACAGCAGGAAUUUGGGACUUCGGGGAAUGCGGCAUAAUUGCAUCUCAACGUGAUGAAGCUUCCCCCAUGCUGGUAGUCAAAACUGGCCCACUCUGGUGCUCUCCGCAGGGCUCCUUCCUGUGUGUCAGUCUCGGCCAGGUGGUUUUUGCUUCUGGUGCUGGGCAAACAGACUUGCUUCUCCCUCAGUCUGAAGCUGUCUGGCGACCCCGCUGGACGGUGCUUCUGCCUUCGAGGUGCUUUUGGGAAGGAAACGGCUCCUCCUCCCACCUCUCCCGAAAGGGCCUGGAUCCGGGGCAUCCCAGGAUGCGUCUGGUGCAGAAGUCCCUGUGCCUGCUGCUGGUGGUCACCGCGUCCCUGGCCCUGCUGUACCUGCACGUCUGGUCGCCCAAGCCCUACAGCGCGGUCGAUCUGCGCAACCGGCCAGACCGAGUCCCCGAGCAGCUGCUGGGUGAGCCCUUGCUGGGCCCCUCCAACAAGUUCGCCCACAUCCCCUUCCGGCUCAAGGAGGAGAUCGUCGAGCUGCUGCCCAGGAAUUCGUGCUCCUGCGAGGUGGCGUCCGGCGGGAAGUUGCCCUUCCCCAAGCAGCUCUUCAGCCAGCUCUACUCGCUGGAGUUCGCCACGGCCUUCGGCCCCGCGGAGCUGGCGCAGAUCCACAGCAGCCGGGAGCUGGAGUACCAGAGCUACCGGCAGCGGACCCAGUCUCCCGCUGAGCAGCUGCUGAUCGUCAGAGCCAACUCCCCGCUGGAGUACCCCGCCCAGGGCGUGGAGGUGCGCCCGCUCCGGACCAUCCUCAUCCCAGGGCUCAGCUUGCAGGCAGCCAGCAGGAAGCUGUACCAGGUGACCCUGAUAGCCACCCUGGGCACCUUCGACGUGGCAGCGAUGGUGGAGGGGGUGAAGGCGCAGGGCGAGGGGGAGACGCGACUCUCGCUAUCGGCCACCCAGCUGGACAACCUCAACCGCCAGCUGCAGUUCGUCACCUACACCAACACGCUUUUCCACCCCAACACCGCGGACACAGUGCAGUUUGCCACCGAUGGGAACCAGGCGUCUUUCACCAUCCGAAUCCGCCAUGCGCCCACACCCAAGCUCUAUAACCCGGGCACCCCAGGCGAUGGCGGAGAUUACAACAUCAGCGCCCUGGUCACCAUCGCGACCAAGACCUUCCUGCGGUACGACAAGCUGCGGGCGCUGAUCGCCAGCAUCCGUCGCUUCUACCCCACGGUGACCAUCAUCAUCGCGGACGACAGCCAGCACCCCGAGCCCGUGGGGGGGCCCCACAUAGAGCAGUACUUCAUGCCCUUCGGCAAGGGCUGGUUCGCGGGGCGCAAUCUGGCCAUUUCCCAGGUCACCACCAAGUACGUGCUGUGGGUGGACGAUGACUUCAUCUUCACGCCCCGCACCAGGGUGGAGAAGCUGGUGGACGUGCUGGAGAAAACCAGCCUGGACCUGGUGGGGGGCGGAGUGCGGGAGAUCACGGGGGUCACCACCACCUACCGGCAGAAGAUCAGCGUGCAGAUGGGGGGCGAGGAGGGUGACUGCCUGCAGACACGCCAGGGCUACCACCACCUCCUCGAGGGCUUCCCCGGCUGCGUGGUCACCGACGGCGUCGUCAACUUCUUCCUGGCCCGCACGGCCAAGGUGCUGGAGGUGGGGUUUGACCCCCGGCUCAGCCGCGUCGCCCACCUCGAGUUCUUCAUCGACGGGCUGGGCGUGCUGCACGUGGGCUCGUGUGCCGAUGUGGUGGUGGAUCACGCCUCCAAGCUCAAGCUGCCCUGGCAGAAGUCGGAGAGCGAGAAGCAGUACGCCAAGUUCCGCUACCCCACCUCGGGCGACAGCAGCGUCAGCGUCAAACACAGCCUCUUCUACUUCAAAAACCGCUUCAAGUGUAUGACAAGCAACUAGCCACACCGGGCUACCAGCCUCGCCCUGCCAGUGAGCCGGACCCCAGGGAGAGCCCCCCCUCCCCCAUGGAGCUGGGGCUUUUUAUCCUUGUACCAGGCCAGGGAGUUGACCCCUGCUACCCCAGCUCUCCAGUGCCUCCAGCCCCAGUGCCAUCCCUACGCCCUGUUGUCUCCAUGGGGGGGGGAGGCUCCCCCACUUUCCCAGCAGGCUCUAGGGGAAUCCACAGAUGCACAGUGGGAUACUGGGAAAUUCCCUGGAUUGCCUGGGAAAAGCUCACAGCACCCCGGUGGCCGAGCCCCCACUUUCCCCAGGAGAUGCUGUUUUCUACUGGACAGACCUGCCCCCGUUCACAGCCAGAUUUCUCCAGCGCCCCCUCCCAGAAGAGAACCGGCACAGCCCCUGCCCCUCCCAGCUGCCCCAGGACAAGCACCAGGGCCCCAUUUUAUUUUGUGCCAAGUGGUUAUAGCCCCAGUCCACCCCCAUUGCCAUCCCUGGGAGAUUUCCAACUUCAGGUGCCAAAGACUGCAAUGGGUGGCAGGGGACGGCCCCUCGAGCAAGGGGAAAGGCUGGUGCCCAUGGCUGGGGGGCGGGCAUGGCCGGGGAGGGGGCUAGUUAUUCCCAGUGCCGGUCCGAGGCUGAGGUCUCUUUUGGAACCUGGGGAGACUCUACGCAGAAUCCAAGAGCAUGGGCACAAGGCGAAGGGCCGACCUCAUCUUUGCCCCCCACACCAGCUGGCCCCAGCCCCACACUGCUCACUGAAGGCCCCAUAGUUACAGCAUUGGAUGAACGGGUUCUGGCUUCUAAUCCAGGAUAGCGGUGGGGGGGGGGGGGGGAGAGAGGAGCUGGCUGGUCUCUGCGGGAACUGGAGGCAGGACGCUGGGACAGUUUGUGUCGUGUGUGUGCGCAUUUAAUGUGAGCGAGUGAGGAGCCGGGCACUGCCAGCCUGCACCCACAGGAGCCCCAAGGCUGGCAGAGGGGCUGCUUGAGUUGCCAUCCCCAGCUGCCAUUUUCUACAGGUGACAGAGAGGUGAGGUUUUAAGGAAAAAAAAAAGAUGUUUUUAUUUAAAAAAAAUUCUUUACCCUAAAGGUUCUCCAAGCCCCGCCCCCUUUGUUCUGAGCCCCGCCCCCUCUGUCCUGCUUCCUACCGUCGUGUUUUAGCCGAACCAGAGAAAAAACUAUACUUUUUUUUAAAACGUUGGGCUCCGACCCAUUGGGGCAGUGACAUCAGAGGGACCAGCCCAUGGGGGCACCCCCCGCAGGCACAAACCCCGCCCGCUAUGUCCCCCUCCAGUGGCCCAGCUCUGCAGGGCGCCUCUCCGGCAGCCCAGAGCCGGUGUUCGAGGGCAGUUUGGCACCAGCCCCUUGCUAGCAGGAUGAUAGUGUGAUGCCAGCCUGGGGCUGGGGCAUGUUAUGGGAGGGGAGCAGGAGUCACAGGCUGAGGGGACAGAUGCAGCCUACAGAGCUGGUGCUGGGGGCCAGGGCCAGCAGCCAGCCACAGUGUGUGUGGGGGAAAUAAUUCCCUGGACCCCCUCUCAACCCUCUCCAGCAGGGGGUGGGAGGGCUGGAUGCAGGGGGCCCCUCCAAGGCAGGGAGAGGCCCCUAUGUGCCAAAGCACAGUCCCUACUGUCCCUUCCCUGCAUGAAGUGGCCAGAAGCACCUGCCCUAAGGCCAUGCCAGCCUGUGACACCAGCAGCCAAAGCCCCCCCCCCCCCCAGCACAGACAAUUGGGGGAUGACAAUAAAAUAAGGGAUUUUGGUUCUUUUCUGUGGUUUAAACCCUGUCUGUGAGUCUCUGUUGAGGGGGGUUAAAUUCCAGCUCCUGUCCUGGCCCCAUCACCUCACAGCAGGGGCGGUGGAUCUUUCUUUGCCCUGGCGCUGGGGAGGGAGGAGGGAUGAGGCACAGAGCCCCCACCCACCCAAAAUGCCAGUGCCCCACAGCGUGCUCUUCCCAGCUGUAGAGGGCCAGCCCCCAAAACUGUCUUGGGAAAGGAAGGAACCCAGCAUCCUUUGGGGGCCAGUGCCUCCACUGGCACCCAGACUG